AUGACGUUAAGGCUUCUCUUGGUCAAACCGAAAACAUUAGAACUCGGCUACGGUCUUUUGAAGAAGAGUGGCAAGAGAAGCAAAGAGGAGAAGCAUGGUAUUGAAGAAGAGAGAGAUGUCAAUUGUGUUGAAGCUAAGGAGAAUAAUAAUAAUAAUUUUCCUGUUGUUGACGUUGAUGGUGAUGACGUUGCUGAUGGGUCUGAUUCUGCUACUGUUUGUGGAGUCUUACAAGAAGAUGGUACUACUUGCACGACAUCUCCAGUCAUAGGAAGAAAGAGAUGGACAGAGCAUAAAGGACAGAGAAUCUCAUGUCUUCCUCCUGCUAAAAACCUACCGUGUAAAGUUCCUACUGCGAGAGAAGAAUGUGGAGAGACCAAGGAGAUAUGUGGAGUGAUUUUACCUGACAUGAUACGUUGCAAAAGCAAACCUGUUUCACGGAGGAAACGUUGCGAAGAUCACAAUGGAAUGCGAGUCAACGCCUUCUUCUUUCUGCUCAACCCAACAGAACGUGAUAAAAUCCUCAAAGAGGAUAAGUCCAAACCGGUGACACGUUCAAGCUCAAUGAACCAAGAGGAACCAAGUCAAAGUCUUUUAUGUGAAGCUACAACGAAGAAUGGUUUGCCUUGUACAAGAAGUGCUCCUAAGGGAAGCACAAAGAUGGAACUCUGGACAACAAAUCAUCUGAAAAUGUUCAGACAUAGCAAACGUAACUCAAGUAGUCUGCGGUGUGAGGCUGUAAAAUGGAUCAGUAUGCGAGAAACCUCCAGUAAAAGGGCGGAAGAGAUGCGAAGAGCACAAGGGGAUGAGAAUCACAUCUUGAAUAUUAAAAAAAUUAGAGUAACUCGUUUGUAUUAA